AUGGGCAACGCAAAAUCAGUCGACCUCAAGGAAAAAGCGGAUGAAGCUGCAAAACGUAAACAAAAAGUUAGCCAGAGUGAUAGAAAAAUCUCACCAAACAACAAAAAAGCAUCCAGAGCUUCGAUGUCAUCACAAGGCAACCGAAAACCAAUCCUAACUACUGGUCAAAGAGGAAUUAUCAAGUAUUGUAUCGAUAAUGCCAAGGAUGAUAUAGCUGAUCGAAUCAUACGGCGUGCAAUAGAGAAAAAGGACGAUUUCAAAGCAUUUUUGGAUAAUCUACCUAGGUCGCAACGCUCAGAAGUCUCCGAUGCAUUGCGAGUGUUUCUCAAUGCUGUGUGCGACAAUCUUACUGAUUCAGAUGAAGUUCAAAGGCUAUCCGAAGAGUUUGGUGCAUCACACGUUCCAUUCCGAUCAAGUGGAUUCAAGCCUGAUUUCUUUGCAUGCACAGCCGAUGCGGUGACUACGGAAUGCACAUUCUUAGACCAAGCUACACAUACACCUAGUGAAACGGCUGGAUCUUGGUCAAUUCUUACCACAUUCGUCUUCUCAGCCGUACGUGACGGCUAUUAUGCAGAACUAAGACGGCAGCGUAAAACUAGUAAUGCAUUCCGUAACCGACCGUCUGUUGACGUCAGUUCCGACGGAAGCCUUAUGGAUGGCAGUAGUAGAAGAUCUGUUUCCCCAACAUCCGAUGAUAUGUCGCAAAGUGUACCAAAAGAAAACACGAACUUCCUUUUGCCUCCUACUGUAUAUUGAUUUAUUGAUUACUGUAUCGUUGAUUAUUUUUCUUCGCUUUUUGAAUUAUAUUGAA